AUGACAACACAAUAUCCUCACAUUGAAAACGGUAUUGAAAUUCGUGUGGCCACCAACGAAGAUCGCGAAGGAGUUUGGAAUUUGUUGUGCAAAUAUUUCUUUCGUGAUGAACCUCUGACCUCUGGCAGUGAACCCAAAGAGGAAACCAAUUUCGGUAAAGAUUUCUUGCUUUCUCACCUGGAGCAUGGGACCUGCUUUGUGGCAAUCAUUAAAGAUACCAAUGAAAUGGUGGGUGUUACCAUGGCCGGACCCAAGGGUCCUGAUGAGCCUGAACAUUUAGCAAAGGCCGCCGAGGAAGAGGGUAAUACAAAAUGGGGUAGAAUUUUAAAAUUUUUGGAAAAAGUUGAAAGAGAUGCCGAUGUCUAUAAGCGCUACAAUGUGACGAAGGUCUUGCAUGUUAUUGCCACCUGUGUUGAGGAUAAAAUGCGUGGCAAGAAUAUUGGUGCCCGCCUCUACAAUGCUGUCAAUGACAUUGGCAAACAAUUGGGUUUCGAGUUGUUGACUGCCGAUUGCACUAGCUUCUAUUCGGCCGCCAUCAAGGUUCGCCUGGGUUGGGAUUGUGUUAAUGUGGCCUAUUAUAAGGAGUAUUUGGAUGCUGAGGGUAAACAAGUAUUCCGUCCUCCCCCACCCCACGAAUGCUGCAGAACUUUUGCUAUUCGUUUGUAAGAAUU